CAAGGUUUAACAAAGUUUAAGUUUUUAUCACAAUUUUUUAAAAAAAUAACAACAAGUCUCUUUUUUAUCAUAUUUAAAUUACUUAUACAUCAAAAUAAUAUAUGUCAGUAUGGGAAGUACUAAAUUAUCUACUUGAUUAAUGAACGUUUCAAUAAGCGCAUUUGAUAUCACAGCAAUGCCGCACAAUGCAGCUAGUUUUAAAUCUAAUUGUAAAAAGUUGAUCGUGCAAAGGCCGUAUAUGAAUAAUCCUUGAGCAACGAUGCUUGCAAUAGUUCCUUCAAUCGAUUUUAUUGAGUUGCUGCUCCAUUUAUGUCUACCGAAUUUACUUCCGAUCACACUGGCAAAUGUAUCUCCAAUGCCAACUGAUAAGAUGCCCGAAAUUAAUGGUAGAAAUUCAAAUGAUGUUGAUCCAAUCAAGUCACAUGGCGAGUUAUGUAUCCAUAAUGGUAAUGAGCAUCCAAUAAGUAAGUAUAAUGGUGUUAAUGCAAUAUUUCCAGCAUCUUGUUCAUCAAUAAAUGAUUGUACACUAAUUUCUAGUGCUUCAUAGACUGGCCAUAAUUUAAUGACACGAGCAAGUUCAAGAACAAUGAGAACAGCCAAAAUAACAACAGAAGCGAUGUAUAGGAAAUGACAUUGAUAAAUAAGUCCAGGUAUGUAUACUAGAACAAUGAGUAUAUGAAAUAUUUUGCGCACUGCCGUUGUACUCUUUCUGUUCUUUUUAAUUUGCCAUGAUACUGCAAUACCGGCCAUAAUCAAAAGCAACACAUAGACUCCGACGAUAAUAAUUCUUUCGAUAUCGUUAAAUAUAAAAUUCCAUAGAAUUGUUAUUGCAUACUUUCCAUCCAAUGUCGUUAUACAUAAUGUAAAUGCGACAAAAAGUAAAAGCGGAUAGAAUAAGUACCAUGAACGAAAUAUUGGUAUGACGUGAGUUAUGAGGAUAAGAAAAAGUACUCCAAUUAAGCCUAAUUGUAAAAUCAUGUCGAGUUGAUCGUUCAUUGUUUUGGCAUCAUCGAUGAAUGGCAGAAUUAAGAAGCAGUUGUAGAUGAAAAUUAUGAUUCCUUGGGCGACAAUUGUUGCUUCGCCAAAUGUAAAGCAUCUGGGCAUUGCUUUCAUAAUGUACAUAAGCGUCAAAUAGUACACAAUCAUUAUUACAACACCGGUGAUAAAGCUAAAUAUUAGGUUUUGUCCUAAUAUUUGAUUAAUUAAUAUUGACGUUGUACAUGCUGGAACUGUCUUUAACAGCAACUUUAUCCAAAACGGUAUUUGUUCGAUGAAUGUAAAGCUUAUGAAAAUCUCAAUAGAUUGCAGCAUUAGUCCAAAUAAGAUUGUUGUUGAUAGCUCAUAGUUAAAUUGUAUAGUCUUUGGGUUUCUUAUAAUUGUCUGAAGAUAAGCCAGGAACAGAAGCGAACUCAGCCAAAUUCCGUGCGAUGAAUUUCUAAAGGAAUUGAAAAAUAUAUUUUGCAAUAAGUCGUAUAAUCUAGAACGAUUUGACUGUUUUUCAUACCUCAGAAUUAUAUUCUUGUUCUUGCAGUUUAGAUCCAACUUCUUCCACAUUGUCGGCAUCUCCUCAGUCAUAUUUUUUAAUUAAAUUAAAUUCUUAUCAAAUUUAACAUUAAAAUGUUUGUACUGAAUUAAGAAUCACUGACCUUGGAUUCACAAAAUUUAUUAUUUUACUCCUUAAUCAGCUGCUAUUUAUAACAAUUAAUAAAUUAUUGGCUUGAUUUAUGGUUCUAAUGACCAGAAUAAAUAACAAUCAGCGAUUAAUUAAGACGUUUAUUUUCGCACGGAAACAUCUAGUAAACAGCAACAACAAUUGAGCGCCUUUUGAGAUUUUUGAAAAUGAGUCUUUAAUGCCUUAUUAAAAUAAGUAUGUACUGACCGAAACCAAUAACUUAAAUGUUAAUGAAUUGCCACAAUGAAUUUCAAUCAUCCAGUCUACAUAAAUUUCUACAAGUUUCUAUUAAUCGAAGAGAUAGUUUUAGCUGACAAUCCAGCUACAGUUCAUUAUGGAAGAUGCAAUCUCAUUGGAUAUCUAGCUAGUCCAGAUUGUAUUCAGUCACUAACAAUUCCAAAUGUUGACAGAGAAUAUCAAUUGCCUGAUGGAGAAAUAAGUCUUAAAAUACAUGUAGAAUUUCAUCCGCGAGAGUUUUUGCAUUCAACAGUUCAGAUAUACGGAGAAGUAAGACUAAUCGAAAAGAACCGAGAAAUGACAGUUGAGAAUUUUGAGUCAUCGCACAGUCUCAUUCACAGACUACGUGAGCUACAAAGAAGUUUAGAAUUAGAAGAAGGAAAGGAUCGAGAACCAAGUGGAACGAAUGACAAAAGUAUGAGUCUCGCAGUAAGAAUACGAUUAGAGAAAGAGAUUCAUACAUUUGAGGACAAAUAUAUGCCUGUAAUUUAUGUUGAUAGCAUAAGACGUUUACCUUUAGCACGAGAAAUUAUGUUAGAAAAUCUCAAUUAUAGAUUGAUAAGAGAAAAGGUCGAUUCUGUUUUAAGAAUGCGAAGAUGACAUUUUCUUGUUAUCUGCCUUACUUAUUCCUUACACGGCAGAUGCUAGUGACUCAUGUAUGCCUUUAUUGUUACCGUAAGUCGUAAAUAAACUUAUAUUAGUACUGUAAAAGCAAAAAAUGAGAACUGAUAGCUGAAAACAAAGUGAUAGAAAGUAAGACAAAAGUAGUUUAUUGGCUCAUAUUGAACCUCCUUUAUUCGUAAAUAUACAUGCUACAUUCAUCAUUAAAACAAAUAUAAUAAUAGUAAUAAUAAUUCAUUUGACAUUAUACUCAUGCUUAACUACCACAAAAUACAUGUGCAGUCACAAGAGACUGAAAUUCCACUCACCAAAAAGAAAAACAUGUUUAUCUUGCGAUUCAUUCUUAUUCAGGUUCAUUAAUUAAAUUAAAUCUUUUUUUUUAUGAAUUAUUUUUAAGACUUGUUAAAUUUUUUUAAUUUUUUUUUGUUUGAAACGAUUAAGAGCUUACUAUUGAGAGAAAUAAGAACUGGAAAAAGGCAUUCAAAAUUGUCGUGAAAAUGCAUUCUCAUCAAUCGUUUCCAAUCACAAUUUUUUUCGUAA